AUGCAGGUGUCCAUCGCCUGCACGGAUCAUAACCUAAAGAGGGGCAAUGGGGACCACAGCAAACAGAGCACCACAAGCCCCAAUGUGGUCAACCAGGCCAGGGCCAAAUUCCGCACUGUGGCCAUCAUCGCUCGCAGCUUUGGCUCCUUCACUCCACGCCACAUCUCACUGAAGGAGUCGACGGGAAAACACACGGGCAUGAAAUACAGCCCUGUGGGCACUAUCCUCUCAGGCCCCAGCUGCUGCUGCAAAGCGGUUGCAGAGCAGCUAAUGACCAUUGCCUAUGAGAGUGGAGUCAACUUGUUCGACACAGCUGAGGUCUACGCAGGCGGCAGGGCCGAAAUCAUUCUAGGGAACAUUAUCAAGAAGAAAUGCUGGAGAGAGAGGACUGAACCACCCUGUGUCACUCACCAUUCUGUGUUUUCCCUCCACUUUGUAGGCGAUCAAGCUUGGUCGUUACAACAAAACUUUACUGGGGAGGAAAGUAAAGCAGAGACAGAGAGAGGAUUGUCAAGAAAACACAUAAUUGAAGGUUUAAAGGGCUCUCUACAAAGGAUGCAGAUGGAGUAUGUAGACGUAGUUUUUGCCAACCGCCCAGACAGUAAUACUCCAAUGGAAGAGAUUGUUCGAGCCAUGACCUAUGUGAUAAACCAAGGCAUGGCAAUGUACUGGGGGACAUCUCGUUGGACAGCCAUGGAGAUCAUGGAGGCUUAUUCUGUGGCAAGGCAGUUUAAUCUGAUCCCUCCAGUGUGUGAGCAGGCGGAGUAUCACCUCUUUCAGAGGGAGAAAGUAGAGGUGCAGCUGCCUGAACUUUACCACAAAAUAGGCAAGUAUGCAUUGAUGCAUUGGGUUGGGGCAAUGACAUGGUCACCGCUGGCAUGUGGCAUCAUCACAGGAAAAUAUGAAAAUGGCAUCCCUGAAUCUUCAAGGGCCUCCAUGAAGUCCUAUCAGUGGUUGAAGGAGAAAAUAGUAAGCGAGGAUGGAAGGAAGCAGCAAGCAAAGCUGAAAGAACUUAACCACAUCGCAGAGAAGCUGGGCUGCACCCUGCCUCAGCUGGCUGUGGCUUGGUGUCUAAGAAAUGAGGGAGUGAGCUCAGUCCUCCUGGGAACAUCCAACCCUGAACAGCUCACUGAAAACCUUGGGGCCAUACAGGUCCUUCCUAAGAUGACCUCUCAUGUGGUCUCUGACAUAGACCACAUCCUGGGUAACAGACCAUACAGUAAGAAGGACUACCGCUCUUAG